CAAAACAAAAAAAUUUCUCUCCUUUUGCUUUACUUCUGAAAAUCUGCAUGCAGGAUGGACAUGUAGAGGUGGCACGUUUGCUUUUGGAUAGUGGUGCUCAAGUGAAUAUGCCUGCAGAUUCAUUUGAAUCUCCAUUGACACUAGCUGCCUGUGGAGGACAUGUUGAAUUGGCAGCUCUACUUAUUGAAAGGGGAGCAAAUCUUGAAGAAGUUAAUGAUGAAGGAUACACUCCCUUAAUGGAAGCUGCUCGGGAAGGACAUGAAGAGAUGGUGGCACUACUCUUAGCACAAGGAGCAAAUAUAAAUGCCCAGACAGAAGAAACCCAAGAAACUGCUCUUACCUUGGCUUGCUGUGGAGGAUUUUCUGAAGUUGCAGAUUUCUUGAUUAAGGCAGGGGCUGAUAUAGAACUUGGCUGUUCCACGCCUCUGAUGGAGGCUUCUCAGGAAGGACACCUGGAGUUGGUGAAAUAUUUGUUAGCUGCUGGUAUGUGGCUUUAA